GCACUUGAUAAUCUGGGAUAUGAUGUGUGGUUAUUCAACGCACGUGGCAAUAAACAUAGCCCAACUCACUCAGAUCUUGCACCACACGUAGAUAAAGCUAAAUAUAACGAUUAUACUUAUGAAGAAAUCGGCUCUUACGACCUUGCUGAGACAGUGGAUUACAUUAUUGCCAAGACUAAAUCUAAGAAGAUACAUUAUAUCGGUCAUUCGUUAGGAGGAACUUUCUUUUUGAUUCUGAAUUCCUUGAAGACGGAAUACAAUGAAAAAUUUGACAGAGCAUUUUUAAUGGCUCCACUUGGGUAUCACACAACUUUUCCCAACACAAAUCUGCAGAAAAUGUUGCAUGACCCUACGUCUUUACAUGAAACACUAAAAAAAGCAGACACGUUCGAAAUAUUCCCGUAUGAAGCUUACGGUCCUCAGCAGGAUAUAGUUGCUGAAAACUGUCUCGGAUCAAUUAAAUUGGAAAGCAUUUGCAAAGAACUGCAUGUGCAAAAAAUCAUGGGUUUAAAAGAAAAAGAUAAUUCAAUAGCCGAUUCGAGAGGUGGAUCUACCAAGACAUUAAUUCAUUGGGCACAAAAUAUCAAGAAUAAAAAAUUUCAUCGCUGGGAUUUAGGGGAAUCAGAAAAUAAAGAAAUGUAUGAUACUAAAGAUCCUCCAGAAUAUCCAUUAAAAGCUAUCAAAGUUCGAACUAAAAUCAUCUAUUCGUCGGAUGACGACAUGGUAAAGGACACGGAUAUUCGGGCGUUGGCUAAACAAAUGAAGAAUGCCACAGCUAGGAAAGUGAAAAGAGCUGGUUUUAAACAUGAUGAUUUCAUUGAUGGACAAUUUGUCAUGGAAGACGUUUAUAACGGCAUUAUACAAGAUUUAGAACACCCAAAGCCUCUCGUUAUACGGACGAAGGAAAAGAAAAGCAACUCCAUAAGUUUCUCGGAUAUUCCGUGGACUGCGCUGCUCGCAUUAGCCGGAAUAGUACUCUGCAUAGCUAUAAGCUUAAUCAAUUGUUGUUGUAAGAAGAAGAAAAAACCUUGUACUUCGGAAAGUCAACAACCGAACCCCAGAGUCUUCGUUCGUCCUAAACGUCCUCGUGUCUAACUUUUGAGAUUAUUUUAGAUUAGAUUAUUACUUCAAAAAGAUAGUUUAGGUUAAGAUACUUCUUCUUCUUCCUCGGUUGUUGGCUGAGGGUCGCGACCACAUGAGGUCGUUAUUUUGUGCAUCAGAGCACGAUUUCCUGCAGUCCUAAUACUAGGUAUAGCCACCAACCCGCAAUUACGACAUCCGAAAUAUCUAUCCUACAUGCACUGCUGCGGUCGCUUGAGGGCCUGUGCAAAAAGUAUAGGCUUUUCAAAACAUUAGUUUUACUAGAACACAAUCCUUUUGCCGUACAGAGUAUAAUGAUGAGGAUGGUUGUAAUAAUGUGAUACUUCCGAAAUGUAGACAAGCUUUUGAAGAUGUUACUAAUUCUUAGCAUAUAGGUAACUUUUGGAACCGCCACUCAUGAAACAGCUGUGUACUUUAUUUAUCAUUAAUAAAACCGUUUAU